GCUGGGCUCGCGCUUCAUUCUGAGCCGAGCCCGGUACCUAGUGCAUCUCUCUCAUCAGGCGGCCGCCUCAGCUCUAGGGCAGCCCGGUUUCCCUUCCUCGCACGGCGAUCAGCAUGAAAGCUUUCAGUCCGGUGAGGUCUGUUAGGAAAAAUAGCUUGUCGGACCACAGCUUGGGCAUCUCCCGGAGCAAAACCCCGGUGGACGACCCGAUGAGCCUGCUCUACAAUAUGAACGACUGCUACUCCAAGCUGAAGGAGCUGGUGCCCAGCAUCCCCCAGAACAAGAAGGUGAGCAAGAUGGAAAUACUGCAGCAUGUCAUCGAUUACAUCCUGGACCUGCAGAUCGCCCUCGACUCGCACCCCACGAUCGUCACCUUACACCACCCGAGACCUGGGCAGAACCAGGCGUCCAGGACGCCGCUGACCACGCUCAACACGGACAUCAGCAUCCUGUCCUUGCAGGCAUCCGAAUUCCCUUCUGACUUAACGUCAAAUGACAGCAAAGCACUCUGUGGCUGAAUAAUGGGUGUUCAUGACUUUUUCUUUCUUCUUUUUCUCUCAUUUUCUUUUCUUUUUUUUUUUUUUCUUUUUCUUUUUUUUUUUUUUUGCACAACAAAAACAACAAAUCCGCAGGAUCUUUUAAGACGCCGAACUUUUCAACAAUUUCCAGGAGGACGACAAGUUUGAAUGGACGUUUUUUUCAAAAGAAAAAUAAGAAGGCAGACUAAGAAUCAUCUUCCCAGGGUGUUGUCUAACCUGGACUGUGAUACUCGUUAUUUAUGAAAAAGACUUUUAAAUGCCCUUUCUGCAGUUGGAAGGUUUUCUUUAUAUACUCUUCCCACCAUGGGGAGUUAAAAAUCACAAGGAAUUGCCCAAUCUAAGCAGACUUUGCCUUUUUUCAAAGGUGGAGCGUGAAUACCAGAAGGAUUCAGUAUUCAGUUACUUAAAUGAAGUCUUUGGUCAGAAAUUACCUUUUUGACGCAAGCCUACUGAAUGCUGUGUAUAUAUUUAUAUAUAAAUAUAUAUAUAUAUGGAGUGGAACCUUGUGAACUCUUUAACUAGAGUUUUCUUGUAUAGUGGCAGAGAUUUAUAUUUCUGCAUAAAACGUGUAAUGAUGUACUUAUUCAUGCUAAACUUUUUAUAAAAGUUUAGUUGUAAACUUAACCCUUUUAUACAAAAUAAAUCAAGUGUGUUUAUUGACUGGGGGAUUGCCUGCUUUAUUUCAGAGUACCAGUGCUUUGAUUUUUAUUAUGCUAUGUUAUAACUGAACUCAAAUAAAUAUAAGUUCAAAUUUAUGUAGACUGUACCAAGAUUAUAAUAAAAUGUGUCUGAAGUAAUUCCUGAA